CGCCCCCGCCGGGCCGGGCCCCUGCCUCGCCUGCAGGCGGACUUGCCCGCUCCCAGGCCGGCCCUGCGCCGGGACAGGCACCGGGCGGAGCGGAGCCGUCGCGCCCGCGCUGCGCUGCCGGGGUUGCGCCUAGCGGAUCGGAGCCGCGCCGAGCUGUGCUGCCCCGCCCCGCUCCACCCGCGAGGGUGGCCCGAGGCAGCCAGGAUGACAGCUCUCCCCAGGAACCCUGCUGCCUGCUGAGAAACAUGACCAGCAAGUCCCGCUGGAAGCUCCUGGCCAUGCUGGCUCUGGCCCUGGUCGUCAUGGUGUUGUAUUCCAUCUCCCGAGAAGACAGCUACAUUGAGCUUUUUUAUUUUCCCAUCCCAGAGAAGAGGGAGCCAUGCCUACAGGGCGAGGCAGAGAGAAGGUCCUCUAAGCUCUUCGGCAACUACUCCCGAGAUCAGCCCAUCUUCCUGCAGCUUAAGGAUUAUUUCUGGGUCAAGACGCCAUCUGCCUACGAGCUGCCUUAUGGGACCAAAGGGAGUGAAGACCUGCUUCUCCGAGUGCUGGCCAUCACCAGCUACGCUGUACCCGAGAGCAUCCAGAGCCUCAAGUGCCGCCGCUGUGUGGUGGUGGGAAACGGGCACCGACUACGGAACAGCUCGCUGGGAGAGGCCAUUGACAAGUACGACGUAGUUAUCAGACUAAACAACGCUCCGGUGGCUGGCUACGAGGGUGAUGUGGGCUCCAAGACCACCAUGCGUCUCUUCUACCCUGAAUCUGCCCACUUUAACCCCAAAGUGGAAAACAACCCAGACACACUUCUUGUGCUGGUAGCUUUCAAGGCGAUGGACUUCCACUGGAUUGAGACCAUCCUGAGUGAUAAGAAACGGGUGCGAAAAGGUUUUUGGAAGCAGCCUCCCCUCAUCUGGGAAGUCAAUCCUAAACAGAUUCGGAUUCUCAAUCCUUUCUUCAUGGAGAUUGCGGCUGACAAACUGCUGAGCUUGCCCAUGCAGCAGCCACGCAAGAUUAAGCAGAAGCCUACCACAGGCCUGCUGGCCAUCACGAUGGCCCUCCACCUGUGUGACUUGGUACACAUUGCUGGCUUUGGCUAUCCAGAUGCUUACAACAAGAAGCAGACCAUUCACUACUACGAGCAGAUCACGCUCAAGUCCAUGGCGGGGUCAGGCCACAACGUCUCCCAGGAGGCCCUGGCUAUUAAGCGGAUGCUGGAGAUGGGAGCCGUCAAGAACCUCACGUCCUUCUGACUUGGGCAAGAGCUGCAGUCCAUUGGUUGUCCAUGCUGCUGCCUGGGUGACCCCCACCCACGGCGUGGGGGUGCCCGAUGCCAGCACGACCCACUUGGACUUAACCUCCUCUGUUUGGGGAGGGAGUCCCGGGACUGGCCAAGUUGGAGAUGAAGCUGAGUUCUGGCGGCUCCUGUUGAGCCAGGUCUGGUCAGGUGGAGGCCCUGGGCUGCGGGAGCUGGCCAAGGCAGGGGCUUGCUGCUGCAGCGUCUCCUCUCUGCCAGCACUGAGAGAUUAUUUAACGGGCUAUUUAACUAUGGGCAGGAAGGUGCUGUGGGCUGGUCCCAUGGCAUCUAGCAAAGAGACCAGUAUAGGGUUCUGCCCACUUUUUAUAAAAACUUAGAUGUGAUGGACCCACCAAGGCCUACACACAGAGCUGGCCUCCCAGGAGGGCGGGGGCAUCGAGAAUCGGUGGGUGCCCUCCAAAGAGGGGCUGCUACCUCCCAGCAGGCAUGGGAAGAGCACUGGUAUGGGGGUUCCACCAAGAAGGGGACCUUGUUGAGAACAGAGGUUAAAAACCCACCAUUAAACUAUUUUUCCUAAAAUGGAA